AGGAUUACGGUACAGUUUAGCAGUUUAGGCACAUAAAGCGUAGGGUCUCAGAUUCUGCGCUGCUCUAUUUUUGGAAUCACGAGAUCCCGUGCCUUUGCUCAGCAGCGUCCAGUUUGUCCCUCUUGACUGUCCAUAGUUUCAUCUCUUGCACAAGCAUGGCGUGCUCCAGUGAAGUUGUGAUGAAUACGGACAAUAUGGGACAUGCCGAAUACACACCGAAAUCAAACAUGGCGAGUGAGACAGAUAUUGACAAACGCUUUGGUGGUACUCUGAUAGCAGUGGGACUGGGGGUUGCUGCUGUGGGGUUUGCAGGUCGGUAUGCUUUCCAUUUAUGGAGACCUCUAGGUCAGGUUAUUACGGAAGUUGCUAAGAAAAUGCCGUCUGCGUCAUUCUCUGCAUACUACAAAGGUGGAUUUGAGCAGGAGAUGACCAAACGGGAAGCCAGUCUUAUCCUUGGGAUCAGUCCGAAUAGCACAAAGGCAAAGAUCCAUGAAGCCCACAGGAGGAUCAUGGUCCUAAAUCAUCCAGAUAAAGGUGGAUCCCCGUAUUUGGCAGCAAAGAUCAAUGAAGCAAAAGAUCUGCUUGACUCUGGCCCUCGGCGCUGACCCAGCUGCCUGCGCUACCCAAACACACAGUUACAUCUUCAGUGCCGCCAACUCACACAGGAGCCUCCACAAGUCACUGAUCUUCUUAUGUUUUUCUGCUAUAAAUCAGCAGACUCUCAGCAUAUUGCACUCUGUUUUAUCUGUCAUUGAUUCUUACCUCCACUUUAAUGCAACUCGGCAAAGGUAGAUCAUUCAUGUUAAAGAGUAUUUGCACCGUAGAUGCAGAAUAUCUUACAAUAGUCUUUAUUAUUUAUUGAGGUGACUUGUUUUAUGGUAGAUGAAUGCUGAAAAAAAAAACCAUGGUAGAUGUAUAAUUUUCUAAGUGUAAAGGCCCGAAGUAGGGGAAAAGCAAUUAUAUCACACUAAAUUUCUCCAAUCACCAUCAAGAUUAAGUGAUGACACACUCAUUUUAUCUGAGAAUUUUUAACCUUUUUUUAACCUUAUGAGGAAUCGCAAACAAAAAACUAUUUGUGGUGUGAAAGUGUUUUUUUGUUUCUUUUUUUUUUUUUUGUGCUUUUUUUUUAUUUUGCUAUCUAAAGUUUUAAUGCCUGUGAAUUUAAGCUUCUGUCUAUUUUAUCUCUAGGUUGUUGGUUAAAAGUUAUGAAUGACAUGAUAGGUGCAACAGUUUUACACUACUGUGUAAGAUUGUAUAGUUGCUGUGAUGUCGAGGGCAAUUUUAACGCCUUUUAUAAAAUAACUAUAACUUAUAACUAAUUUUUAUUUGUAAUAUUUACAUUUUAAUGAACAUUAUUGAAUUAAAUUGAC